CCCGUCCUGCCUCCCCUCCGAGGCUUGGAAGUCCACCUCCGCUCUCUGCCCUGCUCCCUUCCCCUGCCCUCCUCCCUUUCCCUCCCCUACAGGCACUGGAGCCAGCUGACCGACAGACAGACGCAGGUGCUCCGGAGGUAGGGCAGUGCCAGCAGCCAAGGAGUUAACGGUCCUAGCGGGGGCUUGGCGUCGGGAACGCAGGGGUCAGAUGACCCUCCGGGAUGGGGACAGGCAUGGCCCGGCUGCUAUUCCGGGGCUCAAAUCGUGACCACCUAUUUAUAGUGCUGUGGGGGGAGCCCUGGACCGCCCCACACAGGCAGCAGAGCAGCUGCCCUGCGGCAAUGUCAACGGAGGCAGCGUCACCGCUACCGCAGGCUGCCAGGACCUGUCACCACGACCGCCAGAGGAGAUAGAGGGGCUGCAGCCCGGCAGGGACCCCAGGGUCACCAGGCAGGAUACGAGGCGACGACGUGGCCAGCCAGAUGGGCAGCACCAUGGAGCCCCCCGGGGGCGGGCACCUGCACCUAGGCGCCGUGACGUCCCCCGUGGGCACGGCCCGCGUACUGCAGCUGGCCUUUGGCUGCACCACCUUCAGCCUGGUGGCCCACCGCGGUGGCUUCGCGGGCGUCCAGGGCACCUUCUGCAUGGCCGCCUGGGGCUUCUGCUUCGCCCUCUCGGGCCUCGUGGUGGCCUGUGAGCUCACCCGGCUCCACAGCUGCCUGCACCUGUCCUGGGGCAACUUCACGGCGGCCUUCGCCAUGCUGGCCACGCUGCUGUCGGCCACGGCCGCGGUCAUCUACCCGCUGUACUACACCCGGCUGGAGUGCCCGCCGGAGCCCGCGGGCUGCGCAGCCAGGGACUUCCGCCUGGCGGCCAGCGUCUUCGCCGGGCUCCUCUUCCUGGCCUACGCCACGGAGGUGGCCCUGACCCGGGCCCGGCCGGGCCAGGUGGCCAGCUACAUGGCCACGGUGUCGGGACUCCUCAAGAUCGUCCAGGCCUUCGUGGCCUGCGUCAUCUUUGGGGCGCUGGUCUACGACAGCCGCUACGGGCGCUACGCAGCCACCCAGUGGUGCGUGGCCGUCUACAGCCUGUGCUUCCUGGCCACGGUGGCCGUGGUGGUGCUGAGCGUGACGGGCCGCACAGGGGGCCUGGGCUGCCCCUUUGACCGGCUGGUGGUCAUAUACACCUUCCUGGCCGUGCUCCUCUACCUCAGCGCAGCAGUCAUCUGGCCGGUCUUCUGUUUUGACCCCAAGUACGGUGAGCCCGGACGGCCCCCUGACUGCCCCAGAGGCAGCUGCUCCUGGGACAGCCAGCUGGUGGUGGCCACCUUCACCUACGUCAACCUGCUCCUCUACAUCGCCGACCUCGCCUACUCCCAGAGGAUCCGCUUCGUGCCCCCGCUGUAGGCCCGCGGGCAGCAGACCACCCACCUGUGGUCCCCAGGGGCUCCCGGCACCCCGAGGGGGACCCAGGUGGACCCAGACCCCCAAAGAACAAGUGGAGGCAGCCAGGUGCUCCUGGGCCCCCGGCAGUGCUCAGCAGUGAGGCUUGGGGAGGAGGGACGGAAGACGGAGGGGCAGGCGGCCCUUCGCGGACACAGGAAAGGACACCCCACCCCAAGGCAGCUCCCAGCCUCUCUGUGUCUCGUUCUUCUAUCUCUCUGUCUUUGUUUCUCUCUCUGUAUGUCUCUACUUCUGGGUGUAUCUCUCUCUCUCUCUCUCUCUCUCUCUCUCCAUUCCCUGGGUUAGUGCCACCCAGUAUAACAUGAGAAGCCAGCACUGGUGACCCACGUUAGAGAUGGGGACACUGAGGCCAAGAUUUUGGAGGCAGCCCCACGUGCCCAUCAGUGCCUGGAGAUCACACCCAGGCUGUGUGACGCAGGUAGAGUUGGAAAGGGAUGUGGGAAGGGGACAGAAGGAGCCCAGGGGAGGGCCCGGGCGGGACCAGCGGAGGGCAGGGGGAGCUGGCUCCCGGAGGCUUGAGGGGACAGUUCCCAGAGCGCUGGAAGGAGGCUGUCUCAGCGGGGCCCUGCUGGCAUCUGUGGCAGCUCAAGGACAAGGAGCCAGGCCUUGACCCCACCUUGCCCACCUCCCAGUGGCCAUAACAAGGACAAGGCCAUGGUGUGGCCACACAGGGCGGCCUCAGAGGCACCACCGUGAGCACUGAGUGCUGGGGGGCAAGCCAGGACCCCACCUGGGGAGGGUGUGCCCGCCAGGCACUCAGCGUCGCCCCUCCCCCCAUCAGCUUCCCCAGGGCCUGUGGCCCCACGGAGGCCGGUAUGGAGUGGCCAGACCCAGGGGGAGGACCCAGCCCGGGGCAGCCCCAGGGCCACAGCAUCUGGGUACCAGCGGCUCCCUGGUACUCCCAGUCCCGGGACCUCCACUCAAGUUUCCGUUCACCUGGCUACCGACCACCAGAGCUCACUGGGACUGUCACCCUCCAUGCUCCAGCCAGCUUCUCCUGCUCAGAGCCCCGACGGGGCGGCCCCAGUGUGCAGCAGCCCCUGGGCCCAUCGAGGGGUCCAGCAGGAAAUAAACGCCCGUGUUGACUUGCA